GAGUUCUUUGUUACAAAAUUUUUGUUUCUGACUUUUUAAAUUUCCCCAGUUUUCUUCCAAAAAAAAAUUCCCAGUUUUUGCAGUACACCACAAGCAUCAAUUCACGACGGAUGGGAGCACCCAAACGGCUGAGAGCGUGACUACACACCCGCUGUCUAAGCGUCCGUUCCCCUAUGUCGACGACGAAUGCCUAUGCCGGUGCUCGAUCCGGCGGAAAAAUAGUUAACAAAAGGCACAGGAAAUUCUCAACAUUCACCCCGUACGACCGUCCACCUCCGCCUCCAGCACAGAAAAGCCCCAAUUGGCUCACCGGUGUCGUGUUUCCGGCCACUCGUACUAUUGUCUCCGGUGCAGCAAAGUUGCUGUCUUCCGUCUUCGAUUCAGACUCUUCUUCUUGUUCUUCAUCUUCGGCCUUUUCACAUCCUGACAGCAAUAGCAUAGAAGAGGAUGACAUCAAAGAUGACAAUGAUCACGAUAAAGACGUUGAAUUAUUGAAAGAGAAUACUUGGACUUCAUCAAAAAAGACAGAAUGUGCUGCAACAGAUGGUGAACAUAGUGAAGGAAUGAGCAAGAGCAAAUGUUUAAUCGAACAGCUACUUAUGAGGGAAACUUUUUCGAGGGCAGAGUGUGAGAGGUUUAUAAACUUGAUCAACUCCAGAUCUGUGGAUUCGCCAACACUUUAUUAUGGCCUCCAAGAUGCAAUACCAGAUGGAACCACCGGUACCUUGAAUGCUUGCAGUCAAGCUAUUACUGAAGCACGAGAAUGGUUAAAAAACAAGAAAGAAGAUUUGCACAUAGGUCCAUGCCUUGUUGAUCAGCCAAUAUCUUUUAUAACUGAAAAUAUGGAAAAGGUAGAUGGCUCUCCUAUAUAUGUGGCAAAAUCAUAUAUGAAAGCUCGUCCUCCAUGGGCAUCUCCUUCUGCCGAGCAUGAAACAAGAACACCAUCAAUGAAGUCGAAGCUUUUCGACAAGGGAACUCCUUUUCCUGAUGGGGUUGAUUCUACAUCCUCCUCACGGAAAAAAAAUGCUCUUGCAUCUGGAUCAUGGAAUAUACAUGAGGAAAUACGAAGAGUUCGUUCAAAAGCAACAAAUGACAUGCUACACUCCCCCCCUGCCAAAAGAAUUGAUCUGCCACUGUUGUCUGAACAGAAAAUGAAGCGGAAAGCUUUUAUUGAUUCAAAACUGACUACUGCGGGUGACAUGGCAGUACUGGCUACUGAUAUUGGAUUAUCUGAGAUCAGACAAGUUGCUGGAGAGUGUAGAACUGUGCUAUUCGAGUCAUCUGAAGCGCAGGAUAAUGAACGAGCUGAAGUUGCUGGUGUGUCUUCUGCUUCUGAGUCUCAUCACCACAGUGGUCCUGUUCUCACAUCAGAAAAUGUUGAUGUGAAAAGCGUACCAUCCUUGGAAGUUAGUUUGCUUGGAGGUGGAGAACAACAAAUGCAAAUAGAUGCAUUUCUGAGCACCGAAAGACUAAGUAAUGAUGUUAGGGUGGUGCAGGUCAAGUGCGACUUUCUAACCGAGGCUUCUCUUGAAGUACCUAAUUUCGAGAAUGAGCAGAUGAGUAGUGGUACCUAGUAGUACUCCAAAAUAGUUGUAACACGCUUUAGCAAUAAUAUUUCAUCGUAGAGUAACCCCCUCCCUCAUCGCCCACUUUAUUAGUCUUGCCACUCUAUUGUAGACUAGGCUAAGCUAGACUAGAAUGCUUUGACAUGCAUGCUUCCAUACCUGCUGUAUUUCUUAUUAGUAUAUUAGUGUACAUUUUUUCAAGUUUAUUUAGAACAUAUUUUUGAUGUUUUGUUUGCCAUCCCUUUCAACUUUGAUAUAUGUUA